AACGGACUCUCCCGCCUCCACUCGCGUCCUUCGCGAUUCCGGCGGAGCAAUUUGCUUGUGACACAGCGUCCGAGAAGGCGGGCGGAAGCGAGGCGCCGCGGUUGUGAUGGCGCCGGAGAAGCCUUUGCGCCUGUUGGCCUGUGGAGAUGUAGAAGGAAAAUUUGGAGCUUUAUAUUCCAGAGUUCAAGCUGUUCAGAAGAAAAGUGGAGCAUUUGAUUUCCUCUUGUGUGUGGGAAACUUCUUUGGCUCUGCUCAAGAUUCAGAAUGGAAAGAUUAUCAAACAGGAGCAAAGAAAGCUCCUCUACAGACAUACGUGUUGGGUGCCAAUAAUGAUGAAACCGUGCAUUAUUUUCCUGAUAUCAGCGGAUGUGAACUAGCUGAGAACAUCACUUAUCUAGGACGCAAAGGUGUCUUCAGCGGAGCUUCAGGACUUCAGAUUGCUUAUCUCAGUGGAGCUGAAUCCACAGAAGAUCCAGCUCCUGCACAUUGUUUUUGUGCUAAGGAUGUGACUGAUCUCAAGACUUCCUUGCAAUCCACCUCAGAAUUCAAAGGUGUAGACAUCUUGCUCACCUCUUGUUGGCCCAAAGGGGUAGAGAUCUUUGGCAACAGCCCAGGAGAUGUGAACUCUAAGAAAUGUGGUUCAGGGUUAGUAUCUUUACUAGCUGCAAGUUUAAAGCCCAGAUACCAUUUUGCUGGUCUUCAGAAAAUCAAUUAUGAAAGGCUUCCUUAUAGGAACCAUGCUGUUCUUCAAGAAUCCGCACAACAUGUCAGCAGAUUCAUCGCUCUGGCCGAUGUUGGCAACACUGACAAGAGAAAGUAUCUCUACGCAUUCAGCAUUCUUCCAAUGAAUUCAAUGGAUCCUGCAGAACUCAUCAAACAGCCCCAAGAUACCACCGAGAACCCAUACCGAAAGCCUGGGGAUGGAGGUUUUGCUUAUGAGUUACCAGAUGCAAAGGAGGAGGCUGCUAGCCAAUUUUUUUUCGAUUUAAGCAACAAGCCUAAAGGAAAGAAACGUCCUAUGAAAGGAGAAGAAAGACAGCCACCUAAGCGGUCACCUUUCAAGCCCCCAUUGCCAACAGCUGCCUGCUGGUUUUGUCUUGCCAGCCCAGAUGUUGAGAAGCAUUUAGUGGUGACCAUUGGCACUCAUUGCUACCUUGCCCUUGCCAAAGGGGGCUUGUCACCUGAUCAUGUCCUUAUUUUGCCCAUUGGACACUAUCAGUCAAUGGUCGAGCUUGGUUCAGAAGCAGUGGAAGAAGUUGAUCAGUACAAGUCUGUGCUGAAAAAAUUAUUCAAAGCCAAAGGAAAAAGGUGUGUGAUUUAUGAAAGGAAUUAUAGGAGUCAACACCUCCAGCUCCAGGUUGUUCCUGUACCCCAGACCUGUUGUAGUACUGAAGACAUUAAGGAAGCCUUCAUAAGUCAAGCAGAAGAACGUCACAUUGAAUUAUUAGAGAUACCAGAACAUUCAGCUCUCAAACAAAUAAUUCAGCCAGGGACACCGUAUUUUUAUGUUGAACUUGAUAACGGAGAGAAACUCUUCCAUCGUAUUAGCAAAAACUUUCCCUUGCAGUUUGGAAGGGAGGUGCUGGCCAGUGAGGUCAUCCUUGGCAUGCCUGAGCGGGCAGACUGGAGAAGCUGCCAGACAGGACGGGACGAAGAAACUGCUGCAGCCCAAGACUUCCGUCAAGCCUUUGAACCCUUUGAUUUUGCCCAGUCGGAUUGAGUAUCUGAAUGGAAGUGGGAAAGCUCUCUUGAACAGCUUUCCUUUGAAGCUUCCUGUCCAGCCAGAGGAAUUUUGCGUGGGUUGGAGUUCACCUUUCCUGCUGGCUAGGUCAUGAAGGAAGGCCUUUUAUAUGACGGGAACCAGUGCUUCCAAUGAAGAUUAUUUAUGAAGUCUUGCUGGUCUACAAUUCGGGUCUCAUUUUGUCUGCACUUACUGACCUGUGGCUUCCAGAAGGCCUUCAGAAGAGGGACAUGCAAAAGAUUUUCUUUUGCAGCUGACCUCUCUGUUCCAGCCAGUGAGUUCAGGAGCUAUGAGUCCUCCUAGAUUGGGGAGUUAGUUUAAAUCCUCUGACAUUGGAGGUAGAUUUGCAUAGUGUGCAUCACACAGUACCCCAAGUUCUUGUGCUCUGGCAGUAAAUCACUACUAUCCAGGUCAUGCACAAAAAGAGAAGAAUACAAUCUUUGAAAGCAGUGGAAGCCUCCGCACUCUGCUGUAUAAAUGGAGAGGGAGGGUGAGAAGGCUAGUGCUGGCUGCAAACUGAUUGUGCAAAGGGGAAAAAAAACAUGCACAGGCAAGGAGCAUUUGACAAUGUUUUAUGAAAAUAAGGGAAGUCAGAUGUGCAAUGCAGAUAAGUAAUCACUGAUGACUCAAGUUUUCUGUUCAUUUCCAAAUUUAACUGUCAGAUGGUUGGGAUUUUAAAUAACUACAUAUAUAUUGGGAGAGUGAGAGAGAGAGAUUGUGAAUUGUAAUGUCAAGCAAACUACUGGCUUAAUGAACAGACUUGGAGAAUGGUUAAAAUAUUUUAAUGGUUUGGUCAAAUGAAUAUUUUGAAUGAGAAUGUGAUUUUUUUUAUAUGUAAAAAGUAUUUUUUUAUAUGUGAAAUAUUUUCUUGUCAUGAGCUGCUGGUUAGCUUUAUCAUCCGGGAAUACAGUCAUCUAUAUGAGCUCAGUUAAACUUUUCAACAAAUCUGAUACUUUUGAGGAAGUGAUCGUGAUUUAUGGGGAAAUUAUAAGAUCUCAUAUAUUACAGUAAUAGAGUCAUAAGGGGUCCGUUUCUUAUGGUUUGCUUACAAAUUCUCAAAUAUGACAAAGCAGCCUUUUAAUUUACUUCUUUCAGUAACUUCCUUGGACACCUUAUUCAGUCUAAAAAUCCAAAUUAAAGUUUCUCCAAUAAAUGGCAA